AUGGUCACACCCGAACGGCUGAGGGGGCGGGAGAGAAUCAUUGAGACCAACUAUGGGGAGUUCCGAUCCAACCAUGUGAACAUCAUCAAGGCAUACCCAUCACACAUGUCUAGAUCGGACUACAUCACGCUCGACACCUACCGAGAAGUCAUGGAGAUUUACGAAAUAGCGAUAGGGGCAAUCGCAUCGUUACAAGCUCAGAUCAGGAAGAUCAAGGUCGAGCAAGAGGACAGCGACAAGGACUACCUAACUAAGCUGGAUAUCAAGGUCUUCGAUGGGAAAUUUGAGGAGUGGAAGACGUUCGAAGAUGUCUUCACUUCAAUCGUCAAAUCCAGAGCAAAGGUGGGAGCUGUUCAGAAGAUGAGCAGACUCCAGAACGCACUCAAAGGGGAACCAUACAAUAUGAUCUCGAAUCUACAGGUCUCAGCGGAGAACUUCGAGAUCGCCUGGAAAAAACUCAAGAGUCAUUACGACAAUCCUAGGCUAAUCAUCUCGGCUCAUAUCGAUCACAUCUUGGAUCUCAAGCCAAUCAAUGAGAAAUCAGCGAAAGGCUUAUCAAACUUGGUUCAUCAGGUCAAUCAAGCUUUGGAUGCAUUGCAAACUCUUGGUGCUCCGGUGGAACACUGGGACAUGAUUGUAUCAAGAGUAAUCAGAAGGGUCAUCGAUCUGGACACCAAGAAGGCUUGGGAAGUACAUCUGGGAUCGGAAAAGAAUCCCCGUCCUCUCAAGGACUUUUUCGAGUUUCUGGAAGCCAGAGCUCGAGCCUUGGAGAACGUAGAGAGGGAAGAUCCGGUGAGGACAUCCAAGGUCAACAUCUCGGCUAAGAACUCUAUCUCGCAGAAGGCCAUGGGGAAAUCAUCAAUCUACACCUAUCAGGCAUCAGGGAACUCAUCAAACACCGACAAGUCAUCAGGGCAAUCAUCAUCAGGGCCUUCUUGUCGAUACUGUGACGGUUCACACUGGCUAGGGUUCAAGUGUUACAAGUUCAUGGCUAAGACUCCACUGGAACGCAGGGAAUUUACCACCAACAGCAAGUUGUGUUACAAUUGCUUUGGUCUUCAUCGGGCGGAUCUCUGCAAAGACACACGUCAUUGCCAGAAAUGCAAGGGCCCACAGCACACCUUGAUCCACGAUGGGUCCUUCGAACAUCGCCAGGAACUGGAAAGACAGAAGAGUCGACCAUCAGUUUCAGCAAUCGAGGAAAAACAGGGAGAUCACGGAGCAUCCGGAUCGAGAGGUUCAUCAUCAACAUCAUCAUCACCGAGUUCAACGGAGACAGAGAGAUAUUACAACUCUCUGAACACUUCAGAGAUCUCACAGGGGAGUGAAUCUACAUCAAAGGCAUCGGGAUCAAUUGAGAGUUCAAUUGGUCAUCUUCAAGUAUCAGCAACAUCAUUGGCGAAAUCAGAGACAUCGGGGUCGUCCUCAGACAUCAAGGUCACACAUCAAUCAUCAUCGAAUUCAGCGAGUCAACGGGUUGUGCCGUUGGCAACAGCUAAAGCACUUGCAUCAACUUCAACAGGUUCUCAUCAUAUGGUCAGGCUUCUGAUUGAUCAGGGAUCAGAGGUCACAUUCAUGACUGAUCAAAUGAGUCUUUGGAAUAGGAGGCCUGGAGUCAGGGUUGACUCGUGGAGUAGUAAAGGUCAAACUUCAAUCUCGGUUCAACGAUCAACAUCAGAUCGAAAUCACUGCCCACAUCCUGGCCAAGCUCACAUCAACAUUCCCAUCAAUUCACUGCGCAAAGGAAGAAGCAAAUCAUCUUCAACAUCUAUCGACAUCAUCAUCGGAGCUGAUUAUUAUGGUCAAGUCAUUGGGCAUGAGGUUAUCAAAUCUCCGGAUAAUCAACUUGUUGCGCAACAAACCAUCUUUGGCUGGAUAGUUUCUGGGACGGUCUGCUGUACAGACUGCAAGCCGAAGUCUUCUCUAACUGCAGUACGAGUGUCUCCGACUGAGCAGCUGUUGGAUCUUCUUAAGAAAUUCUGGGUCCAGGAGGAACUUUCAUCAUCUAAGGAAAUUCUUCUCAAUCAAGACGAUCAGGAGUGUGAAUUACACUUCAGGAACACACAUUCAAGAGACAGUGAGGGACGGUACGUAGUACGCCUCCCACUCAAAACAUCAGUAUCAGCAUUGGGAGAGUCUAGGAGACAUGCUCUACAAUUGUUAAAUCGAACGGCGAAGAAACUGGAAGCAAAUCAAGAGUAUGGGAAACUUUACAAGGACUUCAUCAGGGAAUAUGAGGAUCUGGGACACAUGAGACGUGUCUCAGAGGAAUCAGAACCAUCAGUGAGCUACUAUCUGCCUCAUCACGGUGUCUUAAGGGAAGACAGCAUCACCACAAAACUCAGGGUCGUCUUCAACGGUUCCAGCAAGACAACAUCAGGAGUGCCACUCAAUGACAUACGUCAUGCAGGAGGAAAACUGCAAACGGAAGGCUCAGACGUUCUCAUCUGGUUGAGAACUUUUCGAUUAAUCGUCGGAAUGGACAUCGUGAAGAUGUUCCGUCAAAUCAAUGUUCAUCAAGGCGACUGGGAUCUUCAAAGAAUCCUAUGGAAGGAUGAGGAGGGGAAAAUCAUCACAUAUCAAUUGACAACGGUGACAUAUGGGCAAACGUGUGCACCAUGGUUGGCUCUACGAGUUCUUCAACAACUAGUGGAGGACGAGGGACAUCAAUAUCCACUAGCGGCUGUCUCUCUAACAAAAGUGAGAUAUGUCGACGAUAUCUAUGGGGGAGCUGAUUCUGAGGAAUGGCUCAAGGAACUCAUCAAUCAGCUCAUCAAUCUUUGCAUGGCGGGCGGCAUGCCACUGCAAAAAUGGAUCUCGAAUCAACAAGGAAUUCUACAGGAUCUUCAAUUAUCAACAAAAUCAACAUCGGCGGUAGAAUUCGAGGACAAGACGGUCAAAGUAUUGGGACUGUGCUGGAACCCUCAUUCAGACAGCUUCAUCUAUAAAUCAAGGAAGCCAUCAACGGAACAAAUCAACAAAAGGACAAUCCUCUCAGAGAUCGCCCAGAUUUACGAUCCUGUGGGACUCAUCGGACCGGUUAUCAUCAGGGCGAAAAUCUUCAUCCAAGAGCUGUGGCUUCUCAAAAUUGGUUGGGAUGAUCCACUGCCCUUGAGCCACCUCAAACGUUGGAAAGAAUUCAGGGAGGAAUUCUCAAAUCUGGAUCAAAUAUCAAUCCCACGGUGGCUUCAAACAUCAUCGACUUCAAGCAACAUCCAACUUCAUGGGUUUGCUGACGCUGCGAAUCAGGUAAUGGGUGCCGCAGUAUACAUCAGAGUGGACAAUCAUCAAUCUGAGCCAUCAGUCAUCUUGGUGAGUGCAAAAACCACGGUCGCACCACUUAAGAAAAUGACAAUUCCUCGCUUGGAAUUGACAGCUGCUGUCAUCUUAACCAAUCUAGUCAUCUACAUCAGGAAGAUGCUGGAGAAAGAGAAUCUACAACUCUUUGUUUGGUCUGACUCCACGGUGGCGCUCAUAUGGAUCAAUGGACACCCAUCAAGGUGGAAGGAUUUUGUUCAGAAUCGAGUGAUCAAAAUCCAGAAGUCAUUACCAGCAGCUGAGUGGAAACAUAUCAGGGGAGUCGAGAACCCAGCAGACUGUGCAUCACGGGGCUUAUCACCUGAUCAACUCGUAAAUCAUCAGCUGUGGUGGAAUGGUCCAUCAUGGCUGAAAUCAUCAAUGGAAAACUGGUCAUCAUCAUCAUCAACAUCAAUCGAAUCUACGGCAGAAGCAGCACUGGAGGAAAGGCCAGUGUCUGCACAUCCGGUGGCACUGAAUCUGGAGAGACCUCAAGAUUUCUUGGAGAGGUACUCUACACUCGACAGGUUGCUCAGGAUCUCGGCGAGCGUCCUGAGAGUCAUCAACAACAUGAGAGGGGAGCCAGUCCCAAGAGAAUUAGAUCUCUUGCCAGAAGAACUGGAGGAGACCAGAAUCUUUUGGAUCAUCUAUGCACAACAGGAGAGUUUUGGACAAGUCAUCAAUCGCCUCAUCAAUGGACAAGCCAUCGCAAAUAAUCAUCCAAUGCCACGGUUGAUUCCUUAUCUGGAUGAGAAUCAGACCAUUCGCCUAGGCGGGCGGCUGAAACGAUCAAAUCUUCAGCCAGAAUCCAGGAACCCAUCAAUUCUACCAAGACAAUCAAGGCUUACAUCACUGGUCAUGGAGGAGGCUCAACGGAAAACACUUCAUGGAGGAGUACAGGCGACGUUGGCACACAUCAGACACAAAUAUUGGAUCAUCGGGGAUCGUCAUAUUGUAAAAUCGCAUAUUCGCAAGGGUGGACUACGCAGGUCCUAUCAAAAUCAGCAGAUGGAGAGGAUCAGGAGCUCGACAAUAUCAUGGGUACAUCGCAGUUUUUGUGUGUCUUGCCACAUCAGCAAUUCAAUUCAAUUGCUCAUGGGAGCAAACAAUGAGCUGGGCAGGCUUUUAGACGAAUCGAGGAAGGAAAUUCAUCACAUCAUCAACGAACUGGCAUCAAACGGCACAAAAUGGAUCUUCAUCCCACCGCAAUCACCCCACAUGGGUGGGAAAUGGGAAGCUGCGGUGAAAUCUGUGAAAUUUCAUCUAAAAAGGCUCACAGGAAAUUUGGUACUCACGUACGAGGAACUCAAUACACUCAUCAUCCAAAUCGAGGCACAACUUGACUCGAGGCCUCUCUGCGCUCUAUCAGACGAUCCUGAUGACUGCAGAGCCCUCACACCUGGACACUUCAUCAUUGGGGAACCCAAGUAG